UGGCAUCCCAUUUGCACUCAUCACCCUCCUGCUCCCGCCCAAAGUACGACACUAUGGGCUACAGGCAAGCAGCUGUCCUGGUUUCCGUUUCCUUCUUUCUUGGGGUGCUUGCCAUCUGUUUGAAUGUCGACUACCGGAUUCUCUUCACGCCGCUGUCUGACAGUGUUGUACGGGAUGGAAUCGAGUUCUACACGACGUUCUACAACUCGCCUACCGCUAUCAAGGCGCUACUCCAUGGCGUAAUCUUCCUGGGCCUGGUCGGUCUCAUCGGCAAGCUGCACAAAUGGGACGACAGCGCGGUCUUCUUCGACGGCUCAUCUCUCGCGGCCUACAUCUUCGCCCUGGCGGUGUACAUGACCGUGGGCAUCCCGUCCUGCCGCACCGUCGCCGACCCCGUCCCGGCCGUGGACACGCAAGAGGACCGGGUCGAGGCGCUGCGCAUCCUCUCCGCGGGAAACACCAUCAUCGUCGUCCUCCUCGGCGGCGUGCUCGUUCUCCAGGCGGGCGAGCAAUGGGCGCGUCGGCUGGAGAGCAACAUUCUCAAGGAAGCGAGCCCCGCCGACAAGAGCAAGACGGUGCCGGAGAAGCCCGCGGGCGAGACGGAGAGCAAGAAGGACAAGUAGCUGCGUCUGCGGUGAUUGACGCUUGUGUUGUGCUCGUGGGUCGGAUACUGUAUGGGCCUAUGUUUGUAUCUUCUAAAUUGCCCGAGACCAGACCAGCCCACCAGCCUCCUUGCGGUGGGUCUGCGGUAAUGCGGGGGGAGAACAUGGUUUUCCCAGGACGCAUGUCCCGGUACGAGUCGAAGUACAAUGACAGUCGCACAAACUUCCUCUCCAUCGCGCGACGCGUACAGGACGUCAAGAUACGAAAGAUGUCGGUAUUGGGGCACUGGAGAAGCCGGCCAUCAAAAUGUCAACGUCUGAUGAAGGGCACUUCCUUCAAUCCCCAUAUCCCGAUAGACAAAUGAGUAGCCAGGGGACCAUCCUCGCCUCAUAGAACACUUGCCAGAGCGGGCAAGCGAUGACAGUGCGAGAGAUGAUCUCUUAGGAGAAGACGAUGUGAGGGAUAGAGUGCGGCAGAGACGCCUCUCGUACUGAAUGGCACAAGCGCGCGCGGGACCCGCCGUGUCCCCGUAUAGACGAAGACUUGCCAUGGUCGAACGGGAGCUGCAUCUCUGCAAGUACAUCCGGA